AUGAGACCAUCCGUACUUCCGCGACAUCUCAGUCGCCGCAUAAGCCCCUUAUCACCAUCGCGAUCCCUCGCAACCCCGUCGCAAUAUCUCCAACGACCGACCAUACCAUCGACAUCACCAACCACUAGAACGUCACAUUUACCAUACCUCGAAACACUCCGACCCCUCCAUCUCCCUUCCAUAUCUUCCCUACUUUCAAACAAUAGUAACGGCAGCAAUAACAAUAACAACAAUGGCCGCACCCUUACCGCCACCCGCACCCUUCCCUACGCCCCCGAAUCCCUCUACCAAGUGAUCUCAUCGGUGGAAUCCUACUCCCAAUUCCUCCCCUUCCUCACAGCCUCAACGGUGACUCACCGCGAUCCAGAAACAGGGUAUCCCACCCGCGCCUUCCUGACUGUCGGGUACGGGCCAUUGAGCGAAACCUUCACGUCCCGGGUUGAUUGCGACCGGAGCCGAUGGAUUGUCGAAGCGCGCAGCGGGGCUAAGUUCGGGAUUGAUUCGAAAGACGGACAGGCGGGUGGGAACUUCCCGGGGGCGAAUGAGGGUAUUUUCGAAUACUUGAGCACGAAAUGGGAGCUGGUGCCGUUGGAGAGUGAGAGGCCGAUGACGAAAGUUGACUUGGAGAUUCGUUUCGAGUUCCGAAAUCAGUUGCAUGCGGCUAUGAUGAGUGCUGUUGAAGGGCAGAUGGCUGGGGUUAUGAUUGAGGCCUUCGAGAAGAGGAUUAGAGAUAUUGAGGGGAGGAGGUAG